ACACCUUCGUUAUCAGAACGGAUCUGAUCGCGUUCGAAACCUCCACAGUGUGCCCUUUUGCCGUGUCCGAGCGUUAACUAUGGUUUAGAACCGUCUCGACCGUGCUUUGGAGGAUUGCUUUCGCCCAGUGCGCAAUGGGACUCGUUCGGUGGCCCUUUUGGGCAGUGGUUUGUGUGUUUCUGAGCGUCCCCUGUGGCUUGGUAGUGAGUGAACAGGAGCAGCUGGAAGAUAUCGUCCAACAGCCGGUCCACUGCGAACGGAUCGAUAACUCGCAGUGGAGUCGAUCGGGGAGUGCAAAUGAUUGGGAACCGUUCCACGGCAGGAUAGGCGAUCGGGUAUUGCGCUGCGACUGUCACGACAGUGUCCGAACGCGUCGAAGUGAGGAGUACACCGUCGAUCAGCAGCCCAAGCUACGAAAUGCGGUAUUUGUCCUGUCCGCCUUCCCGGCAACUACCGUCGCAACGGACAUACUGAUCGUAAACUGUGGCCAACUGCACGUCCCGGCCGGUACCUUCCGCUCCAUACGGGCCGCAUUUCUACCGCGCACGAUACGCUUCGUCAACAUCGCACAGUUGACGCUGGAUUCGUUCGCGUUUGAAAGCGACAGCCCAACGCGCGCUCAACAGGUGGUGACGAAUCCACGCGAUCCUAAUCCAAUACUUGGCCCGAUUACGCUUAGCUUUGACCGCUGCCAGCUGGAUGAGCUGCCCGCCAAUGUGUUCCACGGAGCGGCGAUACGGUCGGUGCUGUUCAGUGCGUCCAGCAUUGGAGCGAUCCGAUCGCUAGCCAUCAGCACCCGCUUUCAACAGUUCCUACUUUCCGACACGGUUGUUGGGUCGUUCUCCCGACAUGCGUUCAAGCGAGCGCAGAUGGAGCAGUUGCAUUUGCACAAUGUCACGAUGACCGGGGCGUGGGCUUCGCAGGCCUGGCAGGGGCUUAUCGUCGGCAACUCGAUACAGAUAAGAGAUUCCAGGUUUCUGCAAACAGUUCACCCGGCCGCAAUCACAGAGAGCAGCACUGACGAGUUGCUGCUCCAGGGGAAUGUUUUCAAUGAGGCAAUCGCUGACGAAGCAUUUCAGCUCGAAAUAAAACUUCGAGUAAGGCUCCUGGACAACAGCUUCAAUCAACUUUCAUCAAAUCUGUUCAGAGGCAUUCGAAUAUCCAACGAAACUGCCUGGAAUGCACAGCCAGACAUACUGUUGGAACGUAACCUGAUCGACACCUUCACGAUCACUACCGACACGAGCAGCUUUCUGGUGUUUCCACGAAACUUCUCCAUCAGCCUACAAGCCUUCCGCAUCGCGCAGCUUGCGACCUGCGAAAGCACCAACGUAACCUUCCCAGCCUGGUCGGAAAUCUUCUUCCUACAACCGUUUGCCACAACACCACGCGACCAUCCCGACUCCUACAUUUCCGUAGAGCAGUACCGUACCCAGGAGGGUUGUGAUUCGGAGGACAACAGACUGCUGAUUAUCAUCUUAGCUACCCUGCUUGGGGUGGCCAUACUCGGUGGUGUCAUUGGUGGCUUCUUGUGCUGGCGACACUAUCGCAGGAAGGAGCAAAUGUUAAUACUGGAGCAGAAGGUCGUCCAGCCAAGAACGUAUCGUGAAACGCAGAUACUGCUCAAGCUCGAAACGGUCGGCACGCUGAAGACGGAUUUUUAAGAGACUCUUCACAAGGUCCUCUGACGAGGUCCUAAGCUAGUCUGAUGUCUGAAUUAAGAAUUCUACAACCGGGCAACGACUACUACCAGCAGAAAGAUACGCUUAUUCGAAUAUACUCACAGCACGGGCAGAUGGCAGUCGAGUGCGUUGCGGAUGGUCAGCAUGGCGUCCGGUACCAUCAGCCCUUUGGCAAGCAGCGUCGUCCCGUACCGCUCCAGUGUGGCCGCUUCCGGUUCCGUCAGUCGAUCGUCUGGGUCGUCAUCGAAACGCAACUCCUUCCGGAGAAGAUUCCUCGCACACCGACCACCCAGAUGGGCCAGCUCAUGCUCCAGCGCGAUCAGCGUACCACCGGCUGCAGUGCCGGCGCCUGCAUGCUCCAUUAUACCCUGCGCAUCCACAUGUUCACCGGUAGGAACUUGAUCCGCAUUUUCGUACCCUAUCACCAGACACUUGAACCCGUACGACUGCUGCUUCGGUUCGUUCACGUACGUCGAGCAGGACUCGAGCGAGAUCUCUACCUCCCGCCCAGGCAGCACCAUCGCACGGCCCGGACCACCGUAAGCCCACCGGGCGGUUGUAUUAUACAUCCGCACGGUGCACCAAUCAUCGAGUGAGUCUUUUUCGUUUGCGGGACCACUUCGACGGUUAGGAAUUUUCACCUUCACACGGUCCUCCUCCUGUACCGUGCCGCACUGCGCAUCGAACGUGAGACACAUCCAGCGCACCGUUGCGGGAAAUCGGACCCGGUACGCCGUCAGGCUUGCCGUCUUGUACGGAUGGUCGCUCUCCAGGAUGCAGUAGUGCUGGCUGGUCGUGUUCAUGCUCGUCGCGGACGAGGUAAUGGUCGUGCCGUUGCCCGCCGCACCACUGCUGUGCGUCAUGUGGGCGAAGCACUUGCCCACGCUGCCACGCUGUCGGCGCAGCUCGUUCAGCGCCGUAAUGGGCGGCAGUAUCUCCUGCACCAUCGACAGCACCUCAACCGACACCUUCAGAUCCAUGCGAAUGCAACGCUCCAGCUGGGCCAGCGUCAGCGGCAGCAGGUACCGGAACAGACAGUUCACGACCGAGGGCGAGCGGGUGGUGCGCGCACGGAACAGAUCCCACACGGUGCGUUUGCGUAUCGGAACGGCAAGCACCAUGGAGGCUGCACCGGCCGGUAGUUCCAUCUCGUUGCCAUUCGCGGCGGACAUCCCGACUCCGGCAGCAGCAGCAGCAGCUCCGCCACUUCCACCAGCACUUCCUGCACCGCCACUUCCGCUGACUCCACCGCCUAUCCCACCGACCGUUGCUUCCGAGGCGGAAUCGAUUUCAUACGGAUCGUACGGUGUGCCGGCCGUACCGCUGCUACCACGCAGCGUUUCCAGCAAACCCUUUGGCAGUACCUUGCCGAUCGUGCGCCUCGUACGUUCAAUCGUCGUCGCGGCCGUAUUGGACGCAAGCACCCCGACCAGCCCCGUCGCUCCAACGUCCAUAUGCUCCUCGAUCGGUGUUAUGUUGUGCUCGGAAUCGAUGGCCACACCGCCGCCUACAACCGCACUUGCACCGGCUGCUCCCAUCACACCAACCGCCGUGCCACCGAUAACGCCGGACGAAGCGGAUGACGAGGGUGUGGAGGACGUUUCCGAGGAGGACGGUGCACGCAUGCCGGGCGAUGCCGACGUCCACAGCGCUAGCUCGUGCGCCACCGUCAGCAGCUCGCGGCACCGGCCAACGAUUGCGCGCGCUACCUCGAGCGCUAAAUCACGCGCCUGCGUACGGCAGUUGCCUAGCUCGCGGCCAUUCGCUACAUUCGUGCCGCCGUGCGGGAAUCCCGCCACACCACCGACCGGCGUGCAGUAGUACAGUAUGGCCGGUAUUUGUCCCCGGGCCGGCGUUGUCCCGUUGAAGCUAAGAUCGCACGGAUAGAACCGAAACGUGACCGUACCACACGGCCCACGCAGUGACGAUUGGCCACAGUCCCCCGAGAGCGUUCUCGCUCCCUGGCUGCACAGGCGAAGUGCGUAGCGAUGGGUUUCCUUCAGCAGUACCGCGCGGUUAAAGCGCAGCUCGGCCAUGUGCUGCCGGACGGCGGUCUGAUCGUACGAGCCGACGAUCGAUUCCAGCACCUCCCAGCGGUGCGAAUGCGAGUAGGUGUGCGAAUGCGUCGAAUGGUGACUGUCGUACAGCAGCUCCAGCUGAUACUCGUAGCUGCCCGAACCGGAGUAAACCUAAAAAGAGCGUUGAAACCAUACGAUUAGUCCACAAAAAGAGGGAAAAAAAUCGCUCCAAUACUUACACAAGCCCCCACAAUCGAUAUGCCCGCCCGGUCGACGGUAAACGCGAUCGCAUCCGGUCCGAAGUUGCCCGUGUUCCACGUCUUCCCCAGAUCCACCUUCCCGAAGCGACUGCCCGUACUGAACAGCCGAUUGCUUCCACCCAUCGGGGCCAUCGGCGGGACCAUCAGAUCGGUGGCCGGUUGCUGGGUCGACUCCUCCUGAUCUCCGCCCCGUUCGCCACGCUCCCGAUCGACCGGAUCGCACCCGUGGUGAAUGAUUUCCGAGAGCAGCUUCGCUAGCAGCCGGCAACCGUUGCGAAUCAGCAGCCGCUCCUGGUUCUGAUCGUCAUCCUGACCCUCGUCCUGGUCGCUAUCCUCAUCCUCUCCUUCGCUGUCACCUUCGGUGAGCGACUCGUGCCGGUAGCCUUUCGCCAUCGGCCAACCUUUGCCACCGUCGCCCUGUUCGCUGUCAUACUCAUCCGCCCGAUACGGAAACGGUGCUCCAUCGCCCUCCGCCACAUCGGUUGCUUCAUCAUCGUCAAGCUCGUAAUCAUACUCCACACCUUCGCUGCUUCGGCAGCUACUAGCACUGCUCGUGUUGCUAUUGCUGCUUCCACUGCUACUGCUACCACGCCUUCGAUGCCGCCCAAUGCGGUCCAACUUUCGACGCACCGGAUCGGAAACAAGCUCCAGCAGCAGCUCCAGCACAUCGCGAAAGUGCCAGUCGGGCAGAUGCGGCACACCAACAACGCCUGACUGUCCUCCAGCAUCGCCACCACUGUUCGUACCACCGCUACCAACCGUGCUUGUCAUCUGCUCGAUUAAACUCGCCAGCAGGUCACGAUUGCGCGAGAUCAGCAGUGCCCCGGAACCGGUCGAUUGAGGCCGGCUGGUCGAGGCGGAUCCCGUCGGUACCGCUUGCGCCGGCGAUGACAUCAGAAUGGAGAACGUGACGCGCAAAUUAACGGACGGCUGACAGAGACCGGCCAGGAUGGCGCUCAGCAACAACCUGCCGCUGCACCGUUCCGUACCACCGCCACUGCUCGAGGAGCCGUAACUGUACCGGUACCGGUCGACGUGUGGCUUUGGUCCCCCAUGUAUCCCACCCGGAUCGGAUUCGCGCAGCAACAGCAGCCGUCUACACAGGACUUCCCACUUCAACGGAGGCGUCGGGUAGAAUAUGUCAAAGCAGCGCACAAACGUUCGAUGGCACUCGCCCAGCACUUCCCGCUUAGCCUUGCAGACGCGCCGUCUCAUCGAGCGUUCCAUCACCGGCAGCGUGACGCGAUCGGCCAGUAUGUCGAUCAGUAGCGUACGUAUCUCGACCACGGCCAUCGCCAGUGACUGAUGCGUUCCCGUCAUCGACGAUGCCAUCGGAUGGACUGUCGAGGAGGACAUCGGUGACCCAGUCGUUGGGUGUGAAGCGUUGCCAAAUGGAUUGCUAAAGUCCGAACGGAACUGAUCUUCGAUGUGAGCAUCAGUGUCGUCUUCGGAGGAGCGAGAUCCGGUUGGAUGAUAGAUUGCAUUUAGAUAGCGACGAAGCAAACGCAAACACACUCGACAGAUGAACGACAGACGAACGAUCAGCUAGAGGGGUUAGAAAUUAAAAAUAAUUAGUUUCAUCAUACAAUUCCAGAAGAUGUCUGGCACAUCCUCAACAAGACUAUUUAAUCGAU